AUUUGCUGGUUUUUUUCGGCCAGCUAAUAAGGGAGUAUCCACCUGUUUUCAAAAUAUGGACACUUGGCAUUCCAAUAGUUGUUCUAACAGAGCCGGAAGACGUUGAAGUAUUACUGAGCAGUGUUCAGUACAUAAAAAAAGGAAUCGACUACGAUGCGUUCCUAGACUGGCUGAAUGAGGGUCUACUUGUCAGCACAGGAUCAAAAUGGCAGUACAGACGAAAACUGCUGACGCCAGCAUUCCAUUUCAAAAUUCUGGAGCACUGCAUUCCAAUAUUCAACACAAACGGAGCACUGCUUUGCAAUGAACUGCUCGAAACAAAAAACGAAGAGAUCGAAAUUGAGCCUUUCAUUUCAAAGUGUACACUGGAUAUAAUUUGUGAGGCAGCUAUGGGCUGCUCAUUGAGAAAUUUGCCAGACAAAGGAGAGCAGUAUGUGAGAGCUACAAAAAGAUGAACAAUUUGAUAAUCGAAAGGAUUCUGACUCCUUGGCUGGCCAAAGACUGGCUCUUCCAUUUAUCACCCACCGGCCGGGAGCAG